AUCCGAAAGGACAUAUCUGUCAUUACAAAACUCAGCCAUCUGAAAAGAAAAAACAGGACUUCCCAUUUCUCCACACAGUGGAAAGGAAGUUUGAAGAGUGAAAGAAAAGUCUAUUCUCUCUCUUCUCUCAAAGGCGAAACUGACAAACCAUUGAGAAAGACACACAUAAUACACAGACAGACAACAUAGCAAAAUCCUCAAAAGCUAAGUCACUGCCCCCCACCACCACCACCACCACCACCACCGCCGCCGCCGCCUACUACUACUACAAGUACUGUUGUUGUUCCUCCCUUCAUUUCCCCCCCCUAGUUCCAAGUUCUAAUCCUCUUUGACGAGCAAGGUUGUCCUUCUCCUCUUCCUCCCUUCCUUCCUCUCUUCUUCAACAGUAAAGAUAUUUAGAGAAAGAAAAAAACAAAUUCUACAAUUACAUAUUGCAAAGCCACCAUUAAAAAGGAAUCAUUUUCCGUUUUGUUUCUUUCUUUUCUUUCCCCAAUGAGGUGAGGGCCAAAAAGGGAUUGUAAGGAAAUGUUUCAGCGGUUAGGGACGAUUGCUUUUCAAGUUUGGAUCGGCCAUACGGUGCCGUAAAAGGAGAGAUCUCUCUCUGGCUAGUGAAUGUUUUGGGGUUUUGUGGCUGAGACAGAUCGUUUGGUGUGGAGCUCUGAUCUCGAAAGGUUUAUGCUCUUCUUGUGUUUGGGGACUGUCUGAUAAGUAGACAAAAUACAAGGAUGAGGAGGAUAACGAUGUAUCCAUCCUGGACGUCGUUGUCCCUUGUGGGUUUUUCUCUAUCUUUGCAUUUCACAAUCAGCAGCCAUUAAAAAUCCAAAAAGCACUUCAAAUUCUGGUUAAGGAAGAGAGACUAGCUGGGCUUAGUUUACUUUUAUUUAGGCUGUCUGAGUUUUAACAAGUGUCUCCCAGCUGUAUGUGUCUGUUUGUUCAGGCCCUUCCUUUCCUUUCCUUUCCUUUCCUUUCCUUUCUUUAAGCUGGUAAAAGUGUUGUAAUCUAUGAUUAAGGGAGGUUACGUAGGUGGAUUUAAAGCUGCACAAAGUUGGUUCAAGGUGUGAUUAAGCACAAGAAGGUAGCUUGGUUAGAAGAGGCACUCAGGGGGUUUUCUUUGGGAUCUUGUCGGGGCUUAGAAAUUUAGGAGCUUGAAAGGGAAAGAACCCGCCCCACUUUGUGUGGUUGUUGUGUUGCAAAUAUAUAUUUGGUGGGUAUUUGUGAAGUUGAAUUUGAAUAUGGAAAUGUCCUGCAAGGAUGGUAAGCAGCCUAUCAUGGACAAUGGCAAGUAUGUCCGGUACACGCCUGAGCAGGUCGAAGCCCUGGAAAGGCUCUAUCAUGAUUGUCCCAAACCCAGCUCCAUUCGCCGCCAGCAGCUCAUUAGGGAGUGUCCAAUUCUCUCCAAUAUUGAGCCCAAACAAAUCAAAGUUUGGUUCCAAAAUAGAAGAUGUCGAGAGAAACAGAGGAAAGAAGCGUCUCGCCUCCAGGCGGUGAAUAGGAAGCUGAGUGCAAUGAACAAGCUUCUGAUGGAAGAGAAUGAUAGGUUGCAGAAGCAGGUGUCGCAGCUGGUGUAUGAGAAUGGCUACUUUCGCCAACAUACCCAUAACACACCGCUUGCAACCAAAGAUACAAGCUGUGAAUCAGUGGUGACAAGCGGUCAACACCACCUGACACCUCAGCAUCCGCCAAGGGAUGCUAGUCCUGCAGGGCUUUUGUCCAUUGCAGAAGAGACUUUAACAGAGUUUCUUUCGAAGGCUACUGGAACUGCUGUAGAGUGGGUCCAAAUGCCUGGAAUGAAGCCUGGUCCGGAUUCCAGUGGAAUCGUUGCUAUUUCUCAUGGUUGUGCUGGUGUGGGAGCACGAGCUUGUGGCCUAGUGGGUCUUGAACCUACAAGGGUUGCUGAAAUCCUCAAGGAUCGGCCAUCAUGGUUUCGUGAUUGCCGAGCUGUGGAUGUGCUUAAUGUGCUGCCCACCGCAAAUGGUGGAACCAUUGAGCUGCUUUAUAUGCAGCUCUAUGCGCCAACUACGUUGGCACCUGGUCGUGACUUCUGGUUGUUGCGUUAUACUUCUGUUUUAGAAGAUGGAAGCCUUGUGGUUUGUGAGAGAUCUCUGAAAAAUACUCAAAAUGGCCCGAGCAUGCCACCAGUGCAGCAUUUUGUGAGAGCAGAAAUGCUCCCAAGUGGGUAUCUGGUACGGCCUUGUGAAGGUGGUGGUUCAAUCAUACACAUAGUUGACCACAUGGAUUUGGAGCCUUGGAGUGUGCCUGAAGUACUACGGCCGCUGUAUGAAUCCUCAACUGUACUUGCUCAAAAGACAACAAUGGUGGCUCUACGCCAGCUGCGGCAGAUAGCUCAGGAAGCUUCUCAGUCCAAUGUGACCAACUGGGGCAGACGACCUGCAGCUCUACGAGCACUGAGCCAGAGGUUGAGCAGGGGUUUUAAUGAGGCUCUCAAUGGAUUUAGUGAUGAGGGAUGGUCAAUGAUCGGAAAUGAUGGCAUGGAUGAUGUUACUAUCCUCGUGAACUCAUCUCCUGACAAGUUGAUGGGUUCAAAUCUUUCCUUCACUAAUGGGUUUCCAGCUGUCAGCAGUGCUGUCCUGUGUGCUAAAGCAUCGAUGCUUUUACAGAAUGUCCCUCCUGCAAUCCUUCUCAGAUUCUUGCGAGAGCACAGGUCAGAAUGGGCAGAUAACAAUAUUGAUGCCUAUGCAGCUGCAGCAGUUAAAGUUGGUCCUUUUAGCCUACAAGGUUCUCGAGUUGGAAGUUUCGGGGGUCAAGUUAUACUUCCGCUGGCUCACACUAUUGAACAUGAAGAGUUCCUGGAGGUCAUAAAACUGGAAGGUGUUGGCCAUUCUCCUGAAGAUCCAAUAAUGCCCAGAGAUGUGUUUCUUUUACAACUCUGCUGUGGAAUGGACGAGAAUGCUGUUGGAACAUGUGCUGAACUUAUAUUUGCUCCCAUUGAUGCUACUUUUGCUGAUGAUGCACCGCUUUUACCUUCUGGUUUUCGCAUCAUUCCCCUUGAUUCUGGGAAGGAAGCCUCCAGUCCAAAUCGUACCUUAGAUCUUGCGGCUGCUCUUGAAGUCGGACCAGCUGGAAACAGAGCAUCCAGUGAUCAUUCUGCUAAUUCUGGUUGCACAAGAUCUGUAAUGACAAUCGCAUUUGAAUUUGCGUUUGAGAGCCACAUGCAAGAACAUGUAGCAUCAAUGACUCGGCAAUAUAUCCGCAGCAUUAUAUCUUCAGUUCAGAGGGUGGCAUUAGCACUAUCUCCUCAUCUUGGUUCACAGGCUGGUCUUCGGUCACCACUGGGUACUCCUGAAGCACAGACACUUGCUCGUUGGAUCUGCCAGAGCUACAGGAGCUAUUUGGGUGUGGAGCUACUCAAAUCCAAUGGCGAAGGAAGUGAAUCUAUUCUGAAAACCUUGUGGCAUCAUUCAGAUGCUAUUAUGUGCUGCUCACUGAAGGCGUUGCCCAUCUUUACUUUUGCAAACCAAGCUGGACUUGACAUGCUUGAGACAACCUUAGUUGCACUGCAAGACAUAACUUUGGAAAAGAUAUUUGAUGAUCAUGGAAGAAAAACUCUCUGCUCAGAAUUCUCACAGAUUAUGCAACAGGGUUUUACUUGUCUUCAAGGUGGUAUCUGUUUGUCAAGCAUGGGCAGACCAGUUUCAUAUGAAAGAGCUGUGGCCUGGAAAGUGUUGAAUGAAGAAGAAAAUGCGCAUUGCAUCUGCUUUAUGUUUAUAAACUGGUCUUUUGUCUGAGACUUGAAACCAGAAUCUAGUGGAGUGGCUGAUUUAAGAGUGAGAACUCUAUAUCUGUCUUAUUUUGCUGGCUUGUAUUUCUUUUAUGUAUAACAUGUUGCAACCGUGGAGCACCUAGUUCAUUUGCUAUGUUAUAAAUUUGUGUGGGGUUCAUUAUAGUAGAGAUUAUGGACGAGACGAUAUAGUUGCCGGGGAUCAUUUUGUUUCUGACUGGUUUGUUCUUAAGUCCUCACCUGGGUCUAUGUUGAUUAUUGCAA